AUGGCGCAGCUUUCUUUCGUUAACGUUUUCAUUAUGGUGGUUUCAUUCAGCAAUCUGGCUACCUUGGUAGCGUGCAAUCGUCCUAUAUUCAACAUUGCUCAUAUGGUUAACUCAGUGAAGCAGAUUGACGAAUAUUUGGAUUACGGAGCAAACGCAAUCGAAGCCGAUGUCAAGAUCUCUACAUAUGGCUCAAUCUUAUAUUUUAAACAUGGGUUCCCUUGCGACAUAGGUCGAAAUUGUUAUCGCGAGGCUAGCAUUGACAACUACAUCAACGCCAUCCGAGAAAGAACACUGCCUUCCAGCACAAAGUACAACAACAACCUUGUUUUAUUCAUGUUCGAUGUUAAGUUAACAUUUGUGAAGAAACGCGUUUUAUUAUCAACUGGCGAGAUCUUUGCCAAUGUCAUUUUAAUUCCAUUGUAUAAAAACAAUCCGACUAAGAUGAAAACUAUAAUUAGUGUUCCAAAUUUCACACAAAAAGAUUUCAUUAGUGGCGUCUUAAAGCAACUUAAUGCUAAACAACCAGCCCUUGUCAAGAAAAUCGGCUUCGACAUUAGUUUCGAAAAGACCCUGACGGAAUCGAACGAGAAAGAACAAGCGCUAAAACAACUUGGUGUUCUACCCGGUCAUGCAUGGCUAAGCAGCGGAAUCUCUAACAUUUUUGGAUCAUUCUAUUUGGACGAACUGAGAAAACAGGUAAAACAUAGAGAUGAUAAAAAAUACUUCAGUAAAGUUUACGCAUGGAGUUUGGACAAAAAAUCAACCGCUAUAAAGUACCUUAGUAUUAACUUGGACGGUGUCAUCGCAAACUACCCUGAUCGAGUGAACAAAGCGAUUAAAGAAAUAAAUGAGAAGAGAGGUGUAGGGGAAAAGCUGAGGUUGGCAACAUUGGAUGACGAUCCCUUCGAGGUGUAUUGAAUUAUGAGAACAAGUUAAGAAGCAAUUUUUACUGUUAAUGCACUGUUUACUUUCACGUGGCUAGCUAUAUUUCGCUCUGUACCUUUUGGCUUAAUUUGCUAAAUUUGUUUAUAAUUUAGUUGUAGUACUUGACUGAAAUUACCAUAUUAUUUUUACGUUUGUAGCAUUGUCUGGUUUAUGCUGUGAAAUAAACAUAUAUACCAAAACCCAUACACGUGUCCGAACUCCUAGAAUGUUUAUUCUGCUAUCGCAUACACCAAAAACGGUAAUAAACAACCGUUUGAUUCAACUCUUUGAAAAUACUGAGCUGCAGUGCAAAUAUGGAAGGAUUUUACCAGGGGCGGCCUUGUUACCCCGGAGGGGCCCAGGUGAUCUUGGCAGGAAGGAGGGCCCGUUACAUGCUGGGGCUACGGAGGACUUUGGACAUUGUGGGCUUACCUAACAUGGAAGGCGUGAAUGUCUUGAGGGGUGCGAGGGUAUGUCCCCCCUUGGGAAAAUUUUGAAAAGUGAGCGAGCUCAUGCAGAGCUUGAGAAAUGCAAUCAAGUUCAAUAGUUCUUAGACAUUUUUGUGUUGUUCACGUUUUUUUGCCUUGUUAGUUGUUUUUGUAACUAUAUAUGCAACCAAGAGCAAACAAAACAAACGUUUUCUUUUCCGUUUCACCGCAGCACUAUUUUCAGGAGAUAUAUAUUCCAAAAAAAUAUCUUCACAAAAACAUUAUGUAACUUUCAUGGUUAGUUUAAAUCAGUCGGCAAAGUCUUACAACCAAUCAUAUAUUGAAACAUAUUAAAUAAUAUUUGUGAUCUUAGCGCCAAAAUUUUAAAGAGCCGCCUGAGUUCUGAGGAAAGCUGGGAAUAACCUUUUCAUUAGAUAUGUCAAUGGACAACUGUUUCUCCAGUAUACUUCAACACGAUUAUUAAUGUGUUCUUUGAUAUAAUAUAUUUGAGCUUCGAGCACCUUAAACACGUUCUAAUUAAAGCUAAGUGAAAUAUUCUAUUUAGUCAAUAAAACUGCAUAUAAAUAUUCAAUAUAAAUAUACAAAUAUUCAAUAAAACUGCAUUUUCCGCAAGAAAUUUCACUAACAUGUUGAUAAAAAUUAAAAUAUAGUUGGGUUUUAGCAAGCAAUUUAUCUGUAAAGGAAAUAUCUUAAAAAGUCUGUUAAUUUAAGCAACAAAUGGCGAUAACAUGAAGAAUGAAACCCUGGGCAGAUAAUAUGAAAUUUUGAGAACAUUGAAUGAACUUGAUCUCAAGGAUCAUGGAUUUAAAUGAUUAACGCAUAUUUAUCCAAACUGGAUAAGACAAGUUCAUCACGAUACUUACAAUGUACGUGGCAAUACAAGCAAAAUCGUUACUAAAAUCCAGAUAUAUUAUUCCUUUUUGCAAAUUAUGAAUGUUUCGAGUUUGGCACUGCAAUUGCAACGGCAAAUUGUUAUAAAUUCUUCUUGAAAGCUUUGAUUUUGGCACUGUGAUUGCAGCGCCAAAUUGUUAGAUAUUCUGCAUGCAAGCUUUGAGUUUGGCUCUGCAAUUUCAGCUACAACUUGUUAGAUAUUCUGCAGCCAACCUUUGAGUUUGGCUCUGCAAUUGCAGCGCCAACUUGUUAGAUAUUCUGCAGCCAACCUUUGAGUUUGGCUCUGCAAUUGCAGCGCCAACUUGUUAGAUAUUCUGCAGCCAACCUUUGAGUUUGGCACUGCAAUUAGAGCACCAACUUGUUACAAAUUCUGCAUGUAAGCUUUCAGUUUGGCACUGCAGUCGCAGUGUAUUUCACUUAGCUUUAGAACGUGUUAAAAUUGGAAGUUUUCAUACUGAAAAUCCUGAAGGUAUAUAUACACACCCUUUAGAUACCAGUAAACCCAAGGGUGCCAAGGUUUUCGGCGUUGUGAACCGCGUCGCUGCCUGGGAAUUAAUUAAUAUUCUACUUCUGUAUAUAAAGACCGCCGUUGAUUUUCAAUACAGUAAAUUUUUUAAUCGUUCUUAUUUUGUUCAGAUUCAUGCUGGAAGCCUUGCCAAACAUUGACUGGUCUGCUGAGGAAAUUCUUCCUGUAUUAAAUCUAAUAUUAAAGAGAAUCAACACAACCUUUACUAAAAUCACUGAUAAACCUGAUCUCAUGGUGAGUAACCAUUCUCACGAAGUGAAAACGCUUUGUAGGUUAUACUGUACCUAUAUGUAAAAUGUAACUUCCCAAGAUAUUCCCAUGUUGUAAAUGCAACGGUUAUACUAAAUAAUUACAUCAUUAUUGGACUUUUUCGACGAAUUGAGUCAAAUUUAGAAUAAAUCCACAAUUGCACCCAUUUUGUUUCUGUACUGAUAAAUCUUAGUUGGAUGUCCCCUUUUUUUAAUAAAAAAGACUAGAAUUCUGUGGCUUGCCGUUGCUAAUACACACAUUGUCUCAUUUUACACACUAUAUGUAGUUUAGACACUAUAAUAUUUUUACCUAGAACUUCUUUUGGCCAUAUCCUUUAUUAUUACACCGUAGUGAAAACUGGAAUGUCACGGAAGUUUUACUCAAAGGUGAGAAGGCAAAACUAUUGCUUCCAUACACAUGUAGAAAUACAGUGAAAUGAAUGCGGAGAGCAUGGUCAAUCCGUGAAUAUGAAUAUGUAUUCUUGAAAACCGACUUAAAAUUACAGAAAAAGCUUUUUGACAGCGCUACAAACUUUCUGUUAAUGCAUUUAUUCAGGUAAAACUUCCUAGUAUACUUUACUUUUAGUUUUUUCGCAUUAAAACGGCCAUGUUCGCUCCCUGGACUGGUCUCGCGAGAGAACCGCGAGGUCCAUGCAGGUCCUUGAACUCCUUGAAAAGUACUUAAACUGAAAAAUAAAUUUCAACGGCACUUGAGAAAGCCCUUGAAAAUACAAAAUCUUUCAAAAGACCUUGAAAGGUGCUUGAAAUUCACACAAAUAUUAAUUAAAAAGUAAAAUGUACAUUUUUAUAAUUUUAUCAUGGAAAUAAUUAACAAAAACGAUUCUGCCGUUGUCUGUUCAGUUAUAGAUACACAGUAUCUAUAACUGAACAGGAAGAACAAAAAAGUGGCCACGAGCCGCCGAGGCGAUGUAAAAUCUGAACCUCCCGCAUGUCGAUUUCACGACAUUCGAAAUGUGAUCGCUGUUUUGACGCGAUUUUAGUAGCGGAAUUUUAGAGCUCCCUAUAUCCAUGUGUUGACAGCCACAGUAUACCUUAUUAUAGGAAAUUAACGAUGCACUUUAUUAACGCGGAUUUUAAAAAUUCGCGUUAAUUUAAUUAAUGUUAAUUUAUGUGAUCGUUAAUUUUAAGUAUGUAAUUUUCAUUUAUCGUUAGUUAAAAAUACGUAGAUUUGUUUUAUAUAACACUAACUCUUUGAAUAUCAAAAUACAGUAUAUUAACGUAAACUAAAAAGUCAGUGCUCCUCUUAACAUUAAACCUUUGUUGUUGUUGUUGUUGUGUCUAUAUUUUCCGAUUCGCGUUAAUUUAAUUAAUUUGUCAACCAUGGAGAUCAGAUUCGCGUUAAUAUAAUCAUGGUUUAAAAGACCUAGAAGCAAUCCGCGUUAAUUUGAUGUCGCGUUAAUAAAGUGCAUCGUUAAUUUCCUAUAAUAAGAUAUAAUUGACGUUGAUAUUAACCCAUUAAGCGCCAGCGCCCUCCCCUUCACGAGUAAAAUCGUCUGGCGCUAGACAGGAUAAAUAAUAAAGUAGGGCGCAUCAGGGCGCAAUGCAACUCAAUGCAUGCAUGGGUUAACUAGACACAUGGGCAGAUAGGCCAGUUAACCCACUAAGCGCCAGCGCUCUCUCCUUGACCAGUAAAAUCGUCUGGCGUGCAUGAGACAGAGUAAAAUAAUAAAGUAAGGUACAUCAGGGCGCAAUGCGACUCGAUGGGUUAAUUAUUAUUUACUAAUAUUUCGAUUGUAUUCUGUUUGUAAGCCAUUAAAAAGUCCUUGAGAAUUUUCAGUUUAGUCCUUGUACGACUAGGAUAUGUCCUUAAUUUUUUGUUGGGAACCUGCACGAACCCUAACGCGGGUCGUGAACCCCAGACAUCAUCCAUCUCUGGGGGUCAGAUUUGCUUCAUGAAAAAUAUAGGCAAUUUAGUUAUUAAUUAUCUGAAUUAAUUAUAUUGAUUUCACUGAUAGAAAUAUGAUAAAGAGGAUAUACUGUGUCUCUUAGGUCAGCCAGAAUGUAUUUAGCAUUCUAUUAGACAAUCAAGUUUAUAUAUUUUUUGCAUUGCGUGGUCAAAGAAACAUAAACGUUGCAUUCUAUUAAAUACCGUUAUUUUUAAAAAGUAUAUAUUUUGUGGCUGCCGCGAUUCCUCUGUCUUAAUUGGCUAAUUAAUAUAUAACGCAUCGCCGAAAGUAUUGCAGAGAUGCCACUAAUGUAUACACUAUAAUCCGUUGAUUAUAUAAUAAAACGAGUCAGGUUUUCAUACACACAUACAUACAUACAUGGAAUUUGUCAGUUCAAUUAUUUUGUACAAAUAAUUAUACAUUAUUUUGUACAAAUAAUUAUACUCUAUUUCGAUUUUACAGGUCUUUAUUUAACCAUCUCAAGGCAAGGGAUAGUAACAACUCUUCCUGGUACAAAGGUAUAAUAUAUUGUUUUCGUCUAAAAGUUCUGUAUAAUGUCCCCGUAAUGAGGUAUAUAAUAUUUUAUUAAAAUCAUACUAGUAUUCUAAUCAUACUUUCAUUCUACCACAGUUAAUAGACGUAGACUUCUAUUAACUGUGAUUCUACUAAAUGUUUGAUCUCUGAUUCUACUCGCUCUCGAUUUCUAUGAAGUGAUAUAGUUGAUUCGGCCUUCGCCGUCUUAUAUCACCUCAUAUAGAAAUCUCAAGCUCGUAAUCUAAUUGUUAAAUAAUAUAGAGAGAGUAGCAAAUUUCGUUUCUUUGCGUAACCUGGUGGUUCUACUGUAUACGUAGAUCUUAGUUAUUUUAAUUUUUGUAUAUAAUCACUGAAAAGUAAUAACAAAUAACAAAUAACACGAACUACUACUAUACAAAGAAAAUAGUAGCUAUACAACAUUCGUGCACGCUAACACUAUCAAUUGAAACCUUCUGCAACAAUGGUGCAUGUAUACACUCAAUUGCGCAUAUGCUUUCUGCAUAUACUUGACCAUAGGACUCAGAAAAGCAUAUUAUCAAACACAAAUAAAUACACCUAAUAUAAUGCCAUUGCAUUGUCCUGAAAUUUCAUUAUUUAUCUGUUAUUCCAUUAGGCUGUCGUAGCGACCUGUAUGCGUUUAGUACUGCGUGAACAAGUCAACGAAUCUGACGCCGAAAACGCUUUCAGUUUUUAUCCCCCACCGUCUCUCAGCUUUUGUCAACUGGUGGUAAAGUUAGCAGCACGACUCAUGUUUUCAUUGAAAGAUAAAUACUCUCUGAAAGAUUUAUGUGGUGGAACCAUAGAGUUUGGAAACGAUGAUAGAACACUGCGUGUUCUUGUGCAUAUUUUGCUACCAUUGUGCAUACGCCUUGGAACGGGGAGUAAAGGUAAGUGAUUGAAACAUGGUGGAUUUCAGUACACAUGCAGGACGGUUUAAAUUUAGGAACAUCACUGAUCAGGUCAAGUGUCAUAGUGCCCUUCCGUUCAAACAGUAUACAAAUUAUGAAAAUAAUGAGUAAAAUGCAAUUCAACUUGUAAAAAACCCUCGUGUAACUCGCGAAAUUCCCCUUAGACAAAAGCGUCGCUGACUAGAGAAAGAUUGUACGCGGGCGCAGAACCAGCUUUCAUCCAACAAAAUCGAGUGGCGAUGUUGUUUUUACUAUUUUAUUUUUGUCAAUUUCUCGAUUUAUUUGAGUGCCAUGGAUAGCCAAGGAAUAUAGUGGACUGGAACACAGGCUAAGGAAUAGCGAGAAGGAUCUACUCGAUGAAAGCACAAAACCUCUAAUGUUGAAGCUAAUUGAACCCUGCCGUUUAUACUCAAUCUAUGUAUAGGUAAUAGCAUGGUUUCGAGUGCAAUUUGGAUAUAACAUGCACGAGUGAGUUUUUCAAAGACCUCAAAAUAGCACGAGUCCGAAGGACGAGUUUUAACUUACGCGUUUAUAGCGAACAUUCCACCGGCAAAGUUUUCCUGGCUUUGUUAUAUCACAUUAAACAACGCUAACAGCUUGAAAAUUCCACUCAACUAUGUAUUUUUUGUUAGUCUUGUUUAAGGUAAAUGCUUUUCCAUUUAAAAAUAAAGAUAAAAGCCAUAUUUUCCACGCGAAGGCAACUUUUACUUUGUGUAGCGCGGCGCCAUGUUUGUUUUGUUUUGUUUUGAAGCAAUCUGUGACCGUUACUUCUUUAAACUAAAUUGCUUUAAACUGAUUGGUUGAUUUAAUCAUCACAAUGUUUUUCCACCAAUCAGAUCAGUUUUGCACUGUGAUUACAGAAAUUGCACUGUGAUUACAAAAAAUUGCACUGUGAUUACAGAAAAUUGCACUGUUAUUACAGAAAAUUGCACUGUGUGUUUGGGAUUAACUGCACUGAAAUCAACCAAUCACAGUCGAGUAAUAUCUUUAUGUAUAUUAUUAGAGCUGUAUUACAGAAAAUUGCACUGCUGUUUGGGAUUAACUGCACUGAAAUCAACCAAUCACAGUCGAGUAAUAUCUUUAUGUAUAUUAUUAGAGCUGUAACAGCCUAACAGGUGGACGUGUAUUUUUUGUAUGGUUUUUCACUUUUGCUAAACAUGAACAAGACUGAUAUUUUUCUGUGAUAUUUGAACUGUGAUAUUUUUCUGUUUACAUGUAAUCACUUUAAUCUUGUAGAAACACGAAAGUAUUUUUAAACGUUUAUUAAAAGUUUGUGUACAAUUUAGCCAUGCAAUGUUUUAAAAAAAAAUAAAAAACAAUGCUUCGUAGCUAGUUUUUUGGUCUAGCGAUAUUCGUAUCAUGCAUAUGCAGAAUUGAUGUAUAGGCAUAGACUCACAAUUUAUUUGGCACUCAAAACGAAGGACUAUAUUGAACGCUUUUUUUCAUUAGAAACCGGUCCCGCGAACAUCGCACCGUGCUACUGUAGGGAGCAUCCUUAAAUGUUGGAAAUGCAUUUUAUCGAAUUUAAAUUAGUACGAAAUGUUUGUGACUGUCGAUUAACGCUUGCUUUGGGUGAAAUACAAUAUUUCAAUUCUAGCGGGUGGGGACUAAAAAUGGACAAUCUAAAACCAACUGUAAAAUGAGUUUGACACAUCUAUUUUGGAGCUCACAAGAACGCAUACGAAAUUUCAUUACCUCAUACUUACGGAAUGUCAAAAUUGCUUUAGGAAAGAGAAAAUAGAGAAAUAGAGAAAAUAGAGAUAUACCGUAAUGUCCGUAUACCCUGCCUUUCAGACCAACCACGAGCAUCAAAAGACGACGUGUCAUACGCUGUGUCCUGUUUUCUUAACAUUAUCGUAACACCGUUUGUUGACAUGAGUGUAUCUGCUCGUCGUCUGUCGAGUUCCAUUAUGCUUAACGAUGCAACCAGUCCUUCGUCGCCAUUUGUCAAACGCGCUUUAUCAAGAAGAAGUGACGCUGCUGGAUUUUCACCAUCCAUAUAUAAUGCUGCUUAUUUAGGUAAUUUGCAUGCGUGCCAUUUGUGCCAUGCAUACAUUUGAUUUUUUACCAUAUUAGCACAACAGAAACAUACAUUUAUAGAAAGUGAUCAUUUGAAGUGUACAAAAAUUAUUUAUUUAUUUAUUUAUUUAUUCAUUUUGUCACACACAUUAAAGAUAUACAUUUACGUAGAGAUAACAAUAACAAUAACUAGAGAAUGCUGCGACAGGAGAAGAAAACAGAAACUAAAUUCCAAUUGAUAUUCGACCCCUUAACAAUUAAUGGAUAACGAGACGUACUAUGACAAUUAUGCACGAACAUAUCACAGAUUACAUGGAACUUAACAUAUAGGAUACUGUACAACGAAUUAUAGAACAAGAUUAACUAUGGUGGUAUGUAGGUAAACAGUUUGGCUUUGUAAUAAGAUUGUAGAUGGUGCUUGAAGAUCUGUAGGGAAUGGGCGGCUUUGAUGUUCGGUGGUAGAUUGUUCCAGAGAAUGACAGUGCGUGGGAAAUAGGAUUGUCGGAAGAAUUCUUGAUUAUUGGAGACGAUUAUGUUAUAGUUGUUAGGGUCGAAGUUGCGUGUGGCAUAGGGGUUAGUUGCAGGUGUAAGGUAUUGGUUAAAGGUGACAUUAAUAAGGUUGUUGUAUUAUGACAUAUAUAUGUGCUAAUAUAAGUCAGAACAUUGAGUGACUGGGUGGCAUGGGGUGAGAUUUUCGAAACGAUGAAAAGACAAUGAACUGUUUCAAUAAAAUUAGGCCUAUGUCGACUUCAGGCGAUUUGGGACCUAUAGAGUAUAGGCGUAAAACUCCUUUUUUACUGUCUUUUAAGACAUUAAAAUGUUUUAAAUAGAAUUGUUUUUAUCGUAUAAUGUUGCUUUAUUUCAUUGUCCAAAAAGAAUGAGGUGGCAAAGCCUGCGAUGAAAUUCAAAUAGUGUUCACAAAUAGUGUUAACAAACGAGUCAGUUCGACAAUCGCUACAACAGGGUUAAUCUUUUUUCCAGGCUUAAAAGUUCUGAUAAUUUGUUUUCCUUACUUCCUCUCAAAUGACUGGCGAACUAUGGCAUCCGUGCUAAAAGAAGUUGUCAUGUAUGAUGCAGGUAACCACCGAAAUCCAUUCUUCUGUACUCUGUAAGGUUUUUGCUGCAAGGUCAACUGGUAUUACUAACUUCUUAUUAACGAACGCGAGGUCUGUACAGAGAAAUAUCGGACUGAGGUCUUUUUUGUACAGACCGAGGGGUUGGUUUUUACAAAAAGACUGAGGUCCGAUAUUUCUCUGUACAUACCGAGCAAGCGAGGUUAAUAAAAGUUUAUUAUAUGGCAUUUUGAAACAAACAUUGAAAUGCAUGAUUUGAAAUGCGUAUUAGUAGCGUGGUAUACACAUUUUGUCGAAGAAAACAAAAAAUACCGAUGUAUUCCUUCUUUUCCACUAAAAAACAUUCGCAGAUAUCUUUUUAAUAACAAAUUAAAUUAUAAUUUUCAAUUAGUUUUGCUGUUUUGUUUCAAAAUGCAUGCAAGUACUUACAGUAAUGUUGUUUUCCCAAACCGGUUUGACAUAUUUUUACAAUGGCCAAUCACAUGCGAGAUUAAAAUUCCGAACCUAAUCAAGUGUGGAAGUGAGAUUUGAAACCGAUGUUACCUGAGGCUUUUCCUUCUCACCUUUCGUUUCUUUCGCCUCGCAAAGAUUUCGCCUCGCAAAGAGCCUCCGGAACCAGAGUACAUUUUGGAAGGCAAAUUAAAAAUAGUUAAUUAUAAUUUUUAUUUAUUCUUUGUUUUAUUAACGCGUUGCUGUGCCAAAAAAAAUUUGUUUCUGUAAUCUGUUUAGGAAACGAGGCGUUGUUCGAGUUUCUGGAAUUCAUUAUUUUGCAUCGUUCACCACUGUUUUUAUUGUUGUUGCCAAUCAUCCGUACCAAGGUUCGUAUUAAUUGAAAAUGGUCUGGUUUUUAUGGUAAUAAUUCUGGUUGCCCAUUUCUGUGGGCCUUUAAACUUUGUGCAUAUAGCACGUAUAUACCGCUCCCUUGACUUAUUGCAGUGUUAUUUAAGGAGCCAAGAGCGAAAUAAAGGCGGCGAAUAAAAUAUCGUGGGUACUAAAAUACAUGCAUGCAGUAACCCCUCGCCAAUAUUUUCCAAACAUUAAAUUAACAUGAAGUAUUCAGAAAUGGCCAACACUGAACGCAGGCUCGCGUUCACUUUAAUUUUUAAUUUUUUCAUAUUUUUUGUGCAAAACUGCAAAAUAGUUCAAAGAUUCGUACUUUUAACUAUACAACAAUAAAUUUCCGAAAUAUAUAAUGUAGGUAUAUUAUUUUGAAAUGUUCAUUCAACUAUAAACUACUUUUGCCGAUAGACUGUUUUAUAUACAAAUAAAACAAAUUAUUAGGUAAUUUCAGUUCAGUCUUCAAAUCAAUUUGUUCUCCUUUACAUUUUAAGAUUUUUUUCUCAAAUUAAACGGUAAUUUAUGAAACUUAUAGCUGCGUUGAAAAGGAAAAAAGUUCAUGUUUUUAGGCAAAAAUUUAAAGCAACAAAAUUCGUAAACAUUAAAUAUUCAAGGCACACUUGCCGUGUAUUUCACGAUUUCCCAUAGUAAAUCAAUUCUUCUCAUUUCUUCAAACAAAAUUGCUUCAAGCUUGUUGUAUAUGAAACGAUUUUCCAAAUAUAUGUCUUUUAAAACUGAAAUCUUGCUUACCCACUCCUACAAGCAAUCAGCCAUAUUUUUGAGAUCAGUGAGGAUGGUCACGCCCGCGAUCAUUGAUGAACUUUAGACUUGGCUAAUGCUUUCGUUUCCCCGGGUGUAAAUAGCCGGGGGAAUUAGUACCCUCGCCCCGGGCUUACGCCGGGAACGGCGCUCCGCCCCGUUGGCUCGGGGACACGGUUAAUAUUCUUUUUUCGUUCGUACAUUCGUAAAUGUAUUUUGGCUACUAACUUCCCCACGGUUGAAACGUCGAAUUUCUCCUUGUAUUUGUCUGGUAUAGUUGCAUCCGUACCAACCAAAGCACGUAAGGCCACUUUAGAGGCGAAGAUUUGGAUAAUAUCCUCAUGUUUCGCACAAAAUAGGAUUAGGGGUAGUGUUGUGAUUCGGAUCACGAUGAAAAAGAAAUAAUUUCGUGCACAAAACAUGAGGAUGCAACCAAGAUUUGCAAUAGAUUUCAGUACCGGUAUUUAGACCCAGUUCACACGUGGACGCGGAUUUGUUUGGACAAACAUUUUAAUGGGGAUUUACCAUUUCAGUCCACGCGUAUCCAACCAAUACGUCCGACGUCGAAAUAUGAAAACGGGACUUUUUAUAAACGACGAUGUAACUCUACUCUUUUGUGCGUCGUUGACAUAGUCAUUAGCUGAUGGUGCUCAUGUUGGCGUAUGUGCAGCAAACAAUACUAGUGUAUUCUUGUAGACCAUUGAAACCGUUGCAGUAGGCCGGACCUUUUUGAAACGUAUAAGCGUAAAGAAGGCCUUGAAAUAAUUUUAAAGAUAUUUAUUAGAAUGCAUUCCCAAAUGAAUGAAAGAUUAUUUGUAAAUAUCCCUCACCAUAUUUGUAAAUUACCCUCGCCAUAUUUGUAAAUUUCAAUGGAGUUGCCAUAUUUGAAAGUCAAAAUAUUUGUAAAUUUCCCUCAUCAAUUUUAGAUCCCUCAUCUAAAGCCAACAAACGCCCGUGCAGGUUCUCUUAAAGAAGACCUAUUGAUACGGUUACAGAGUCCAACAGACCCAACACCAUCAAAAGAAGAGUGGAUGCAACGGUUUAUUCAGGACCUUGGCGUCCUUACAGGCGGUGAACAAAAUGACAUGUUUUACUGCCGUAAUCCAAACAGUCCUACCGCUCGUGCUGAUUUCAAUUCGGUGAUAGAUGUAGAUUCUUUGUCUGAUUCCGAAUGUGCCCACAUAACGCAAGCACGAGUUAGCGAAAUGCGUGAUAGCCACGUGAAAAAUGCUCAAACAGUCGACGUCCACGCGCGGGAUUCGUUGGAGGUGCCUGAACGUGGUCGCAAGUUAUCCAGUGGGAGAAAAGAAAGUAUUGAUAAAUCGAUACGCAAGACACUUAAAAAGAAAGUUAGUUUCGAUAAAGGACAAUCCUAUAACACUCUUGAAGAAGCGAAAGAAGAGGAACCAAGACAAAAACGAUCUCUCCCAAGACAAGAAAUUGCUAUAGACGUGGAGUCGCCGAUUAGUAAUAAAAAGCUUUCAGACAUCUACCCAGUUCUUGCUUCUGAAGGACAGUCAGGUAUUGAUGGGCAAAGUGGUCAAAGUCAGGACAAGACAAGAAAAAUGGGAAAGUAUGGAAAACUUACACAUGAAAACACAGGUUUGGAUAGUUCCCAAUCCACUGAGAUGUCAAGUUUUAGUGGAAUUUCACAGGAAAGUGUUGAUGAAAAUAAUGAGAAUGCUUGUCCUGGUGCUGAUAGUAAUCUUAGUACUAAAACGGAAUCUUAUCUAUCUGAAGGUCGCAUGGGAAUGACAUUGAAGGUUCCAAAUUUAGUUGUUAAGGCUACCAUAACAGAGAAGUCAGAUUCUAGAAUCUGUGGUACCAAUAAUACAGUUCUGUCAUCGAAAGCCGAUUCUUGUGAAUCCGAGAGCGACAGUCCAGGGUUGUUAGAGCUCCCGCAGGUAGUGAACAAGACCAUGGCAGAGAAACUGAAUUCUGGUGCAUCCAAUGGAAAUGAUGGCGUUCUACAUAGCUCAGUUACGAACUGUAAAGUUAUCGUUGACGAUAAUGAACCAUCUAAUUCAUUAAACGAGACUAAAUUUUCUCAGGAUUCCCAAGAUUCCAACGAAACAGACUCCUCUCAUGAUGGUUCUGAAAUAAUGUUACUUCCAACUGACGACAGUAAAAACAAAAAUGGUGGUUCCCCUAAAAUCCUGGCGAAAAAUGACGAGAACACCCGUUGGUCAUGCUCUGAGCUUGAUAGUUCUAAAGAAACUAGUUUGUAAACUAGUGUGUACUACAUUAUGUAAUAUUUAUUGUGAAAUAUAAAUGUGCUUUGGAUUUGAAAAGCGCUUGGUAUGACGAAAAUAACAUAUAUAUACGGCAGAAUAUACUUUAGCAAUUGCAAAUAUAAAAUUAGUUGAAACUGAAAGGUACUGUAAAUAAAUUAAUAAUUUCUGGUUUCUGGUUGUUUUCUUUGGCGUUUGGAAUGUAUCGAGUUUAACGGGUUUUGUUCGUUCAGUGUGCUCGCAGAAGAACUAUUCUUGUGUAAAUGUGAUUGGAUCAAUAAUUUUGAACAUCUGAAUGGAUGUACGCAUGACGUUGUUUAUUAAAUGAUCGAUGUUAUUACGAAUGUUGUUUAUGCAUGAAUGUACUUAUGACACAGGCAAUGAAUUAUAUAGUACGAGAAUUUUAACUCCCCCCCCCC